GGCGUGUUCAGAUACAUUCCCACAAUUAUCGAGUCACACAGAAGUGAAUUAGGCUAGGUAGGAAGGACGCAAGACUGGAUUGAGGCGGAGGGGGACACGGAGGGCGUCGGUCUGAGGCGGGGAGGGCGGGCGGCGGUCGGGUUGGGGGAUCCAUGUCGGUCGGCAUGCGUGACUUUAAAUGACUCGCGGCCGUGUUUGUACACCUCGUUUGCGCCCCGACGCGUUCGCGCUCUUCCCGCCCCGUCGGGCGUCGGGAGUCGAGUCAUAUCAGCGGAACCGUGAUGGAGAAGCCCAAAUGAGGUCAUGAGGCGCCGGCGCCAAUCCUCUGUUAGCCAAAAUGGGAAAGUGCGCGAACACCGACUUUCAAGACCUGCCUAUCUGGGACAGAUGGCGCCGUACCGAACAUGCCCGUUAUGGCAUUUCCCCGCCCUUCGCCCUGUCCUCGUGUGCAUCUCCGCUCGAACGUGGGGAAAUGGAUUGUACUAGCGUUACGACUAGACCGCCACCUUGACGUCGGCAUACCCGGAAUGGCAGCGGCGGGCUG